UGUGUGUCCGGCUGCUUUUGUCUAAACUUUUGUGCGCUGUGAGUGUGUGGAAGUUGAAACUGGUCACGCACAACCACACUGGGAACACUGGGACAGGACACACACACACACACACACACACACACACAUCCUGCAGUGUGAGUGUGUGUUUGUUUCUGACCGACCCUCCAGCCGACACACCGACCUCACUCCGCUCACCAGGCCGCCUCUCAGAGCUCCUCUCCCGGCCUUGGAAGGCAGCCGCGCCCCGCUCUGUGUCCUGGAGGAACGAGGAGAGGAAGAGGAGGAAAACCGACGGGAAAGUUUCGGGAUGAAGGGAUGAAGGAGAUCCAUAAGGAGUAGAGGAGACACUCAGACUUCACCUUUUCAUCUAUUUUCCUUUGUUUUUGGAACUUUUUCUGGCUCACUUGGGAGGCGUCCAUCUUGAAGUUUUGUCCUGCUCUGAAGACUUUCUGCUCCUUCAUCUAUCCUCUUCAAGAAAAAAAAAAACUGUAUCUGGAUUUUAUUUAACUUUUCGGCUCCAAUGAGGCGCGCGCGGCCGGCUGAGAGCGAGCCCAGCUGACGUCACUAAUCGAUUGGUCUGACGCGGAGUCGGAUAAGUCUGAUCGAAUCUGAUCGAGUCUAGAUUCGGUUGUUCCGGGGGGGAUGGAGGCUGUGCGGGGUGUGCGGGCCCCUGAGGCCGCGGGACGGGCCUCCUCCUGCGGGCUGCUGCUCCUCCUCCUCCCGCUGCUCCUGCUGACCUGCUGCACAGGAGAGGAAGAGGUUCUGAUGAACACAAAGUGGGAGACGUCAGACCUGCGCUGGACGACCUAUCCUGCUGAGGACCCGCAGUGGGACGAGGCGAGCGGAUUGGACGAUGAGAUGAACAGCGUGAGGACCUAUGUGAUCUGUACACCUGAGAGUCCGUCCUCCUAUUGGCUGAGGACUCGGUGGAUCCCGAGGAAGGCGGCGACGACGCUCUACGUGGAGAUCCGGUUCACCAUGACGGAGUGCGCCGGACAGAACCACCGUCACUGUAAGGAAACCUUUAACCUGUUCUACUACCAGUCUGACAGCGACGAGGCCACGCCCACUCACCCGUCCUGGAUGGAGAACCCGUACACCAAAGUGUCCACGGUGGCGGCGGACCACCUGCUGCCCACCACCUGCUGCAGGGAGAAACGCUCCAAUGUGAAGCUGAUGCGCCUGGAGCCUCUGAGGGGGGCGGGGCUUUACCUGGCCUUCCAGAGCCAGGGCACCUGCAUGGCCCUGCUGUCCGUACGCGUGUUCUACAGGAAGUGCCCCUCUCUCCGCCGCUCCUUUGCCUCCUUCCCUGAAACAGUCCCCCACUCGCUGGUGGAGCAGGCUCAGGGUGUGUGUGUGGAGAACGCCGUGACUCCGCCUGGCGAGCAGUCUCGGCCUCCCAGCAUGCUCUGCGGUGAGGACGGGCAGUGGGUCGGGCAGCCGUCAUCCAGCUGUGCGUGUCGCCCUGGGUACGAGGCGGGCGACAGUGACGUGCGAUGUCGAGCCUGUCCAUCGGGCCAGUUUAAGGCCGGGUCAGGACCUGGUGGGUGCAGCCCAUGUCCGGCCAAUAGCGACACUCGGAUCCCAGGUUCUGCCUACUGCCUGUGUCACCAUGGUUACCACCGAGCUGACUCUGACCCGCCGCACUCUGCCUGCACCCGCCCCCCCUCUGCUCCACGCUCCAUCGUGAGUCAGAUCAACGACUCCUCUGUGACUCUUGAGUGGAGCGAGCCGCUGGACCGAGGAGGACGAGGAGACCUGACCUACACCGUCCUCUGCUCCCGCUGCGGAUCCACCUCUGUUACCAAGGGAUUGGCUGCUUCCUGCUCCCCAUGUGAUGACAGCGUCCUGUACCGGCCCGCACAGCAGGGUCUCACUCGGCGCCGCGUUGUCGUCUGGGGGCUCCGCUCGCACGACAAGUACACCUUCACCGUCCAAUCACUGAACGGCGUCUCUGAUCUCAGCCAAUCAGAGCCGGCCUCCGACAGAGUUAACGUCACCACCAGCAAAGACGUUCCUCCCGCGGUGGUCGGCCUGAGGAGGGCGGCGGCCUCAGAGAGCAGUCUGUCUGUAGAGUGGACCGUCCCGGCCGUGCAGAGUCAGUACCAGAUCCUGGACUACCAGCUCCGCUACAGCCCAAAGGUCUCUGUUACCACGGAGGGCGAGGAGGCGGGGCAGUGGCAGUACGUGUCCAGCCGGUCUUCUUCUGUGGUGCUGUCGGGACUGCAGAGGGCGGUGCAGUACGAGGUUCAGGUCCGCGCUCGCUCGCAGGCCGGGUACGGAUCGUUCAGCGCGGCGAGCAGCUUCAACACGCUGCCCGAUGGUGUGGGUCACUCACAGAUGGUGCUGACAGGAGUUCUCGUCUCCAUGGGGAUACUGCUGCUCGUUGCUGUGGUGAUGGUUGCUCUGUACUGUUACAGGAGGAGAGCGAGGGACUCAGACUUGAACGAUAAGAGUGGACACUACCAGAUGGGACAGACGAUGAAGGUGUACAUCGACCCGUUUACCUACGAGGACCCUAACGAGGCGGUGAGGGAGUUCGCCAAAGAGAUCGAGGCGUCCUUUGUGAAGAUCGAGGAGGUGAUCGGAGCAGGUGAGUUUGGCGAGGUGUGUCGUGGUCGGCUCAGGGUACCAGGCAGGAAGGAGAACUACGUGGCCAUCAAGACUCUAAAGGGUGGGUACACGGACAAGCAGAGGCGGGACUUCCUGUCGGAGGCCUCCAUCAUGGGUCAGUUCCAGCACCCGAACAUUAUCCACCUGGAGGGCGUGAUCACCACGUCCUGCCCCGUCAUGAUCCUCACCGAGUUCAUGGAGAACGGAGCCCUCGACAGUUUCCUGAGGAUGAACGAUGGACAGUUCACCACCAUCCAGCUUGUGGGGAUGCUUCGUGGGAUAGCGGCGGGGAUGAAGUAUCUGUCUGACAUGAGCUUCGUACACAGAGACCUGGCAGCUCGAAACAUCCUGGUCAACUCCAACCUGGUCUGUAAGGUGUCAGACUUUGGUCUGAGCCGGUUCCUGACUGAGAACUCCUCUGACCCCACCUACACCAGCUCUCUGGGAGGAAAGAUUCCCAUUCGCUGGACAGCUCCUGAAGCCAUUGCCUACAGGAAAUUCACAUCAGCAAGCGAUGCGUGGAGUUACGGCAUCGUCAUGUGGGAAGUGAUGUCAUACGGAGAGCGGCCAUAUUGGGACAUGAGCAACCAGGACGUUAUUAACGCCAUAGAGCAGGACUACCGUUUGCCCCCACCCCCUGACUGCCCCUCCUCUCUGCAUUCGCUCAUGUUGGACUGCUGGCAGAAGGAACGAGCUAACCGGCCGAGGUUCUGUGAUGUGGUCGCCUCGCUGGAUAGGCUGAUCCGAAACCCAGCUUCCCUGAAGGUGAUGCACUCCGAGGGGCCGAGUCCGUCCCAGCCUCUGUUAGACCAGCGUGUCCCUCCUCCUCUCUCGGCCUGUGCUUCAGUCUCUGAGUGGCUUCGAGCAAUAAAGAUGGAGCGAUACGAGCAGAGCUUCCUGCAGGCUGGCUUCAGCAGCCUGGACAUCGUUUCCCAGCUCAACACAGAAGACCUGCUCAGAGUGGGCGUGACCCUCGCUGGCCAUCAAAAGAAAAUCCUCUCCUCAAUCCAGACGCUCAGGAUACACAAAACCCCGCCCACCCUCCUUUACUGAUCAAUCACACUCCUGCCUUGUUCUCUGAGACCAUAACACUAAGGAUGAAGCUGAACCCCACUGGCGCUUGUAACUGUCCACUCAACUGUGAUCAAACAUGCCGUUUUAACCAAUCAGGAACCAUCAAGACUAGUGAUGGUCAAAACAUCAGGGGAAUCUGUUCACUGUGAAAUAUGUUACAUUCUGGUGGCACAUAAACUCUCAUAAACACAGAAGAAGAACCUCUCGGCUAUUCAUACUUUAAAUUUUCAAUUCAACUGCAAUAAGACUCCGCCUUUCUUCUUGGUCUGACCAAUCAGAACAAAGGAUCUAGCUUUUAAGCACCUGGAUGGUCAAUACUCAGGACAGCCAUCCACUGCUCAGGAAAACCUUCUUCUGCUUCACAAACUGAAUGAGAUUUAGCACAGCGAGGAUGUAGGAGGGGAUUUCUUGUGCUGAUGUAGCUCAACAGAUGCUCUCAUUGGAUGUGAGUUGCUGAAAAGGCCUCCGCUUUGCUCAUCACUACGCACCACCCACUGCAUUAAAUCACAUCUGAGAUUGGUUCAUAGCUUUGUCCACCUGACAGUGAAACCUGGAUCAGCUGGUUAUCUAAAGCGGAUCAGGAUGUACCUACACUACAGUGCAAACUCACUGAACCAUGCAGAAACAGAUCUCUGGGCAGGUUCAGGACUAAGCUCAGAUUUCUGCUCGAUUCUCCUGGAAAUAUGAAACGGAGUGGAUGAUUAUUUGUUUUAAUCGUGAACUUGUGUCAAACUGAACUGGAUCAGCUGUUGGCCGGAACUCAUGCUCGACUACGAUUGCCAAACCUUGGGGACAUUUCAGCAGGUGCAAAAGGAUUUCUGUCUUAAAUGAACGUGCCUGAGUGAACUUUCAGGAUCGUGGAUAUCUCUUCAUACUCCAUCAGGAAUAUUCAGGAUUUUAACCAAACAUCAUUGAGGAUUUGUUGAGGAUAUUAUAAUGGAUGUUGUGGAAAGCAGGGAUAACCACACAGAUAUUCCGAAAAGACGGGUCGGUAUGCUCAAGCAAUGUGGGAAUAUCUUCCUGAGGGACAUCAGGACCUUCUGAAGGGAUUCAUAUUCUAAUUUAUCAACAUGUUCUUCAAAAGUUUCAGUGUGGCACCCUCCAUAAUCUGUGAGGAAUCUUCUGGAAUCUCCUCAGAAAACAACAUUUUGGGGAAAUCUUCGGGUGUCUUUGAGAUACCGUGUUUAUUUGGUGCUCUUUUCACAACUUAAUCAGAAAAUAUUUGAGGUUUAAUGCAAACUCCUGAGAUUCUCAAGGGGAAAGCGGUCUUUGGUAAACCUGGAAACUUUAAGGAAGAUAUCUAGAAUACUUUCAUCUCACUGAAGAACUCUCAAAAGGACAAUGGUUUUCUUAAACUGUGACACCAACACAUGGAGUGUUUCACCGUGAUGAAAGUACCUGAGUGUAUUUAAUUGAGCUUUAGUACUCAAUCAUUCCCAAACAGACAGAACUGGUUUUAAACCUUUAACUGAAACUUCACUUGUCUUGAAGCAUACAAUACUUAUCACUGAAUACUACAAAACAUGUCAAACAAAAGGCAGAUGUUUGGUUGCCUCUAAAUAUUUCCUUUAGUUUCAACCUUCCUGAUCAAAACCACUGCCAAGAAAGACGUCUGUUCCCCAAGGACUUCAAUAAUUCAAGCAGGUUGAAAACUUUGGAUUGAAAGUCCGACAUUAGUGUGUGACCUGUUCCACUUCGAGGAACAUGAGGAACAAAAACGAACAAAGAAGAGAACUGUUGACAAUUUUGUAUUUUAGCACUUUUUAUACCUGAUAUUUUAUUGUGAUCAUGUUUUAAAGCUGAGCAGAAGAUCAAUGUUUCAUAUAAGACUCACAUUUCAGGAGAAACUGUCAUUGAAUUUUUGUAAAGAAAAUAAAAAAGAUUGUCUUUUAUUUCAAAGCUGUGUGAGACAGUGAGAGGAUUUAAAGUUCAGGACCAAAGCUCAAGUCUGAAGUCGGUGUGUUGUUUAUUCUGCCCACAGGAAGCAGUGUGAUUGCUUUUUACUGCCCCAGAUAUCAGAUCAACCCCCAUCAAGUAUUACCAAACAACAUCUCACAUGUUCUCUUAUUCGGUUGAGAAUCUCAGGGUUCUUAUGAUACCAUAUGAUACAUGGCCCACGAUAACAAUAUUAUCUCGAUACAGUGAUUAUAUAAUUGAUAUAUUGAUGAUACUUCACAAUAUCUGAUGAGCAAAAUGCUGUUUAUAACGUGCAGAAUGAAUGUAUCCAUUCACUGCAAUCUGGUGUCUGUUUCACCUCAUAUCUUCUGUUGCCAUGAAUUCAAGCCAAAAUAUUUUCAGAGCGCAAUAUUUUAUUAAAUAAAAUAUCCAUAUUUGGCAACAGGGAUAUGAUUAUCGUGAUAAGCACAUAUCAGGACAACAAGAUAUUGCUGUAAGGAUAUUUUGUCCCACCCUUAUUCUCCAACAUCUGAAGACUUUUUUGUAUCUGUUCAGUCAAGCGUUGUUACGAUACCAUCAUUUAAAACUUCCUAGACGCCCUGAUCACCUGCACAGUCUAAACUGAACAAAAACAUUGGCAACAUUUGGGUACGCCAACGUUGCUCAAAGCAUUAAAGUUUUAACAUUUUUGACAA